UAGCGGUGGUACAGGAGAGAUUCGUGUUUCAAACAGCCACCAAAGGGGGACUGGUCAUUUCUGUUUUCGCCGCAGGACCUCAAACAGACAAUUGUACAACGUGUGUCAGAAGUCGCCAACUGCUCUUUGCACGAAAUAAACCAAAACAAUAAUGAAUCAUCCAUUCGUGCCGAUGACUUCCUGAUAACAUUCCUAAAAAUGCUCUAUGCGUGUUGGUAUGUGCUAGAAGAUGGCGGAGUCGGACGGUGGCGAUUUUGCUCCGAACCAGUCGGAGAACAGUAUGGCUAACAAGAAUAGUACCCUGCGCUGUACUUUCUCCGCCCCGAGCCAUAGUGCCACUCUCCUCCAGGGCUUGUCGGUUUUGCGGGCUCAGGGUCAGUUCCUGGAUGUCGUGCUGGCUGUCAAUGAAGAGCACUUCCAGGUCCAUAAAGCAGUGCUGGCCGCCUGUAGUGAUUACUUCAGAGCUAUGUUUACAGGAGGCAUGAGGGAGUCAAACCAAGACACCAUUGAGCUGAAGGGUUUGUCAGCCCGAGGGCUGAAACAUAUCAUCGACUUUGCCUACAGUUCAGAUGUAACUUUAGACCUGGACUGUAUUCAGGAUGUUCUGGGGGCUGCUGUGUUUCUCCAAAUGGUUCCCGUAGUGGAGCUUUGUGAGGAAUUUCUUAAGUCUGCAAUGAGUGUCGAGACCUGCCUUCACAUUGGGCAGAUGGCCACCACGUUCAGCUUGUCUUCCCUCAAAGAGUCCGUGGAUGCCUUCACCUUUCGUCACUUCCUCCAGAUUGCUGAAGAAGAGGACUUUCUUCACAUUCCUAUGGCGCGCCUCAUCUUCUUCCUGCAGAGCAACAAGCUGAAGAACUGCAAGGAGAUCGACCUCUUCCACGCUGCCAUAAGGUGGCUCCAGCAUGAUGAGUCCCGUCGGGCUCAGGCGAGCAGCGUCCUCUGUCACGUGCGGUUUCCACUCAUGCUCUCCUCAGAGUUGGUAGACAGUGUUCAGACGGUGGACAUCAUGGUGGAGGAUGUGCUAUGCCGCCAGUAUCUCCUUGAGGCUUUCAAUUACCAGAUCCUUCCCUUCCGACAGCAUGAAAUGCAGUCCUCACGGACGCUCAUCCGCUCUGACGUGUUGUCCCUCAUCACCUUUGGUGGGACCCCCUACACUGACAACGACCGCACAGUGAGCACCAAGUCUUACUACCUUCCUGAUGCUGCUUCCCGUCAGUUCAAAGAGCUGACAGAAAUGGAGACAGGGUGCAGCCAUUCCUGUGUCGCAGUGCUUGACAACUUUGUGUACAUUGUCGGUGGGCAGCACUUACAAUACCGCAGUGGGGAGGGGGCUGUGGACAACUGUUUCCGCUACGACCCGCAUCUUAACCAGUGGCUACGCAUCCAAUCCAUGCAGGAGGCUCGCAUCCAGUUUCAACUCAAUGUCCUGCAGGGACAACUAUACGCAACUGGAGGCCGUAAUCGAUCCGGGAGUCUGUCUUCCAUGGAGUGUUAUUGCCCAAAAAAGAACGAGUGGUCUUAUGUGGAACCGUUGAAACGCAGAAUUUGGGGACAUGCUGGGACUUCGUGCAGAGAAAAGUUGUACAUUUCAGGAGGUUACGGGGUCUCGUUGGACGACAAGAAAACGCUCCACUGCUAUGAUCCAAUAUCAGACCAGUGGGACUUCAAAGCCCCCAUGAAUGAACCCAGAGUGUUGCACGCCAUGAUCAGCACCCAACAACGUGUUUACGCUCUGGGUGGCCGCAUGGACCAUGUGGACCGCUGUUUCGAUGUGCUGGCGGUUGAGUAUUACAGUCCAGAAAGUGACCAGUGGACGACUGUCAGUCCCAUGAGAGCAGGGCAGUCCGAGGCGGGCUGCUGCCUUCUGGAUGCUAAGGUCUACAUCAUAGGGGGCUAUAACUGGCACCUGAACAAUGUCACAAGCAUCGUUCAAGUCUACAACACCGAGACGGAUGAGUGGGAAAGGGAUCUGCACUUUCCAGAAUCAUUUGCUGGCAUCGCAAGUACACCGAUUAUACUUCCUCAGAACACCACACAACGCUGAGCUCCUGACCUGCAACUGUGAAGACUAUUGUUCUGUGUGACCUUCUACUGCCCAAUGGAUUAAAUGAAGGUGUGAACGUCUUGCUUACAUAUUGAUGAAGGUUUGCUUUUUAGUUUUUUAGACUUCAGUUGACAUAAACGUGACUUUUUAAAUAUAGUAUAGCAUAUUUAAGAAACUUUCUUUAAGUUUUAGGAAUCAUAGCUAUGACUUCUGAUGAGCAGGUUUCAUUGAAGAGGCAAGGUUUUUGAUAACCUAAUAAUCAGAGUAAAUGCAGGUCUGAAAAUGUAUUAAUCCAAUCAUAAUUAUUGCAGAGAUCCUACAGAAAAGGCUAGACUGUGAUUACCCUGGUCUAGUUAAUCAUGGAAAAGAUGACAAAAUCUUUCCAGCCUUUAUUUUUUAUUCCUUUGUCAAAUGUUUUAUGUCUUUCCCUCUGUAUUUUAUUUCUAUUUUGUGUCCUCCCAUUUUUCCUUAUUUCUGUCCACAUUUUUCUCCUUUCUUUCUUUUCCCUCCCUUAUGUCCAUUUCUUUUUUGUGUGCUUCUUUGCCUUCUUUGUUCCUUGUUUACUUACUCCCUCAAGUCACUUCUUUUUUCUUCUCCUGUUCCUUGCACCCUUCCUUCUUUGUUCUGUGUCCUUUCUUCUUUUCCUUUUUUUAGUUCUACUUCCUUAGUUAUGAUUUUCCUCCUUUCCUUUCUCGUGUUCUACAUUUGUUCAUUACGUGUGUGCUUCCUUCCAUGCUUCUCUUCCUCCUUGUCUACUUCCCAUUCUGCACCCAUUCAUUCCUUGUAUUCUUCCUUUUGUACUUUGAGGCAUUCAUUAUUCCCUUCCUUGCUUGUCUUUCCUCCAUUUUCCUUCCUUUUUUGUGUUGUUUUUAUUCCUUGUCUCUUUUCUCCCUUUCAAUUGCUGUCCACCCUCUUUUUGCUCUGUUCAUUUCUAUAUUGUGUCUUUUCUGUUCUGUCAUUUUAUUCCUUAUGUUCUAUUGUUAGGGCUGCACAGUGGCACAGUUUUUAGCACUGUUGGCUUGCAGUAAGAAGACCUGUGCAUGCGUGGGUUCUCUCCGGGUACUCCGGCUUCCUCCCACAAUUAACCUAACAUG